AGCGUAACUAUGCAGAGAGUAAUGAUUAAGAGGUAAUAUUAGCGAACGCGCACCUAAAUACGAUCAAGCCAACGUUUGUUCAAAGUUUUCGAAAUUUAUAAAAGACAUCAAUGUAGAUAGUAGUGGACGCCUGCCGCAAUCUUCUUGAAGAAAAGUUUCUAUAGCAAUGAAAAAGGGGGAAUACAGUGGCACUUCUAGCGGUGAAGGUUUUUCUUCAGACUCGGAUGAAGAAUACCGUCCUUUACAAUCCAAGCAUGGAACUCAGUAUCCAAAAUUUGGUCGAGAAACUGGUCCAGCUGACAAUAAAGUCGUCCAUGUUUGUUCGUUCGUACUGGGAGCAGCACUGAUGGCCCCCUUUAUGGUGAUAAUCUGCUCAGCUGAGGACAUGUUGUCAGGGAGCAAGCAGCAAACAGGUUUGGUGAUCAUCGCUCUUACAGCGCCAUCUUUCUUCGUCAAAUUCUGUUUUCUUCUUUGGAAAGGACUCCAAGAUAUAUCAGUGGUUGGCAAGACCCUUCUAACGUAUGCAUUCAUAACGGUUGGGAUGUUAUGUGUCGCCUUCUCUCAAACUGACUACAAGAUCCGAUAUGUGGGUGUGUGUCUUGUAUCACUUGGAAUGAGUGUUGGGGAAGUCAGUCUGCUUAUCAUCGCCACAACAAAGCUGCGUGAAAAAGCUUUAAGCUCCCUUAUCACUGGAAGCGCCGUCGGAGGAAUCCUGAGCACACUACCUUAUGUCGGCAUGACAAACUGGAGUGACGUUWACCCGCGCUUAUCCCUCCUCGUUCCAAUCAUCUGGCCUGCUUUGUACCUCUUAAUGUUUGCAGUAGUGCAGCUCAAGGACCUAGGAAAGCCAUCAUAUCAGAAAAUCCCUGAAUCGGAGAAUGAAAAGGCAUUUCCUCGGCGCAAGACUUUUCGGGCUAAACGUUUUAUGGCAGUAUGGAAAGUACUCGACCAUCUCCUCCUUUUGUACCUGUCGUACUUCUCGGUGUUCCUAUCUAUCGGUGCUAUUCUGUCAACCCUGGUGUACACACACUAUACUAUAUUUGGUCCCAGGGAGGACUACCACCACUACAUUCUCAGCAUCGUGAUUGGUCAGUUCUUUGGAAGGUCAUUCAUGUUCCUGCUACUCGCAAAGUUCCCUGAUAUCAGCAGUACUCCCUUCCAAGCACUGGGGACGUUCUUCUCGACUUUCAUCAUGUUCCUAUUCGUGUUUGGCUCAUGGAACCGCUUCAUUCACCACCUUUGGCUUGUUUAUGUGCUGUGCUUUGUACAAGGAACAUUCCUAGGGAUGUUAACCAUCAUCUCUUAUCACUGCGUUGCCAAACAGACACGUAAACCACAAGUGGAAUUCCUCCUCAUUUUGACAAAUUUGCUGGAGACCUUUGGUGUAUUAUGCGCAGGUUUGAUUGGCCUUCACACCGAGCCUUUGCUGUAUAGACACUGUCGCGAGAUAUCCUAUGGCAACAGAAGUCAUUGCUUUGCACGAAAUUCCAAUUCAGAAUUUUGGGUCAAAGGGAAAGAAGGUUUAAUGUGAAGUAAUGCUAGUGUCAAUUGUUCAUUAAUAUUUCUUAAUCGACAUUUGGAAGGCAUAUGAAAAUUUAACCAGGAAAAUAGACAUAAAUAAUCGUCUAAAUGAAUCUAGAUUUAAGAGGCUCAAGGGAUGGAUAUCGCCAUGAGCUCAGCAAGAUUACGACUGAUAAAAAUAUAACUAUAAUUUGUGUAAUCCAAAUAAUGAGAGAGUGUUAACUUAACUCACCACACAUUAUACCUUUAUAAAAGCUAAGUAACCUUGGUUUACCAUCCAGUCUGUCUUUGAACAAUCAAUUUGAGGGUCAGUUAAGCCGAAAAGGAUUUUAGUUACUCGAUCGAAGUUGCGCAUAAUACGUUUUGCACUGUAUACUGUUUUGCGCACUGGUGCCGUCCGCCCGUUGAUACAUGCACGCAACUUGAAAAGAAAGAUAGGCUGACUGCACAAGGAGACUGGUAACGAUUUGCUCAUUUUGGUUCAUGUGCGCAACUUACAAAAAAGAACACUGACUGUACGUGUAAGUAGAUUGGCUACUCGAUGAGUAUUUUGAUCAUCACAAGCUAGUGCUCAGCUUUAGAAAAGAACACUAACUGUGUAGUGUAGGUAGACUGACUACGCUGUGUGCAUUUUGAUACACGCACUCAGCUUUAAAAAGAACUGGCUAACUGUGUUAAGUAAGUAGACUGACAACGCGGUGAGUACUUUGAUAUACAUGCGCGAUAACAAGUUCUAAAAACACUGAGCACAAUCCUAUAUCCCUUUCUAUGUUUCUAUACUCCCAAACCAUUCUAGAAACGGAAUAAUAUCACAAUAUAUUAUCUAACGAUUA